GGGGCGGGGGCGGUGGCGGUGGCGGCGGCCGCGGAGGCUGCGUCCCCGGCCCGGCCAGGGAAGGGGUGACCGGGGGCGGGGCGGGGCGGAGGGCACCGGCGGCCGGCGGGUCGCCUCAAGCCUCGCGUCCACCUGCCCGGCCGCUCGCGCUCCCCUGGGUCGGCGGGGCCUGCGCCGGCCCGCGCCCAUGGCGGCGUCGGCGGCUCUGUCGGCGGCGGCGGCGGCGGCGGCCCUGUCGGGCCUGGUGGUGCGGCUGUCGCGCUCGGCGGCGGCCCGCGGCUCGUACGGCGCCUUCUGCAAGGGGCUCACGCGCACGCUGAUCACCUUCUUCGACCUGGCCUGGCGGCUGCGCAUGAACUUCCCCUACUUCUACGUGGUGGCCUCGGUGAUGCUCAACGUCCGCCUGCAGGUGCGGAUCGAGUGAGCGGGCGCCGCCGCAGCCCCGGCCGGAGGGUCCCGCGCGCCGGGCCGCGACGGGCAGGGUCGUCGGCAUGGAGGACGGCCGGCGGGACGCGGCGGGGGCAGGAGGCGGGGCGGCCCGGGCCUCCGGGCCCUAGACCUGCGCGGGAGGACGCCGGCCACCCGGCCGCCGAGUCACCCGGCCCGGCCCCGGCCACGAGCCGCCCGCCCGCGGCGCGCCCGGUGACCUAUUGCACGGAAACUCUGCCAACGGGCCCUUUCCGUGGGGCUCGAGAAGAAAGAAAAAAGAAAAAAACCCGAUUCGAGUGCGGCCGACCUGUUGCCUCACGUCAGCCAGAGCCCGGGAAGCCGCAAGGAAAAAUUCCGCAGCAGGGACUUGACUGGCCCGGGUCCGCAAGGAACCGGAGUUUGUAGGUGGUGACCCACCCCUUCCGUGGCCUUGUCAAGAGACUCAAAUCCGUGCCCAGGGGCCGCCCCUGGCCCGGGGGCUGCCUGGGGAGCAGCUGGGCAAAGGGCCUGGCCGAGGAGGAGAGAAAGGACCUUCCAGGCAGAGGCCCCGAGGGCUGGGGUAGCCAGUGGUCCCCUUCUGGCAUGGGGAAGGACGCCACCCUGUCACCUCAGCUCUGCAUCUCCUAGCAACACUUUGAGGGCCUUCUGUUCUCCCCACCUGGUGUUUGGAAAAGCUGGCUCCAGGACAGGGAGAGAUGUGUCCUUGUCCUACAGAUAAGAAGGGGUGGGGCUGAAUCUGAGAAAACCUGGCACAGGUGGGGUGGGGAAGGGGAGCUCAAGGCCCCCCCUGGGGGAUCUAGGAGGAGGAGGAGGAGAGAGAGAGAGAGAGAGAGAGAGGAGAGAGAGAGAGAGGAGAGAGAGAGAGAGGGAGGUGCAGGGUAGGGAACGUGGGGAACUGGCUUUUCUUGGAGUGGUGUGGGAGGUCACAGGGAAGACUGUGAGCACUGAGAUGGACACAGGAGAGAGUCCUAGAACGCCUUGCGGAGUGGAGGUCUUUACCCACAGAGCCUGGCCUCCCCUGCCGCCCCACCCCAGGCUGGACCAAGGGCUCCUCGGCAGUUGAGUGGCACGAGCCUCUCAGUUUGGGUGGCGGGGUGGGGGUGGGGUGGUGGCGUGGCUGCUGGGGACAAGACGGACCCAGGAGGGUGAAGGCAUAAACCUGGGACGGGGCUGGGACCCAUGCACGACCCCAUCUGUCGGUCCCCGGGCUUGCCCCCCGCCCCGGCCCCGAGCCCAGGAUCCCACAGGAGAACCUCCUCUGCAUGGGCUUGAAUCGGCCCUGGAGGCCCAGGUGUGCGGCUGCCUGGCGCACCAGGAUGGCCAGGCGUGGUUCCCGAGGGGGGCCAGGAAGGACCCCGGUCCCACAGCCGCUCUGUCACUGGUUGCUCUCGGCUCCCAGGCUCUGAAUUCCUGGGACUGAAAACCCAAGCAGGCUGGCCAGCCUCAGGGACACGGUGGCCCAGUGUCAUACCUCCUGCCCUCCUCAGCCACCACGCUGGAGGCCGAGUCCUGAGUGAAGAGUUCUGCCCGCCUCACCCCGGGGACCGAGGCCAGAUGAGGCCGCAUGUGUCCCCUGCAGCUUCCCACAGACAGGGUGUGAUGGCUUCCUGCCUUGUGCCAAGUGUCCUGGGAUCCCCGGUCCCGGUGGCGCCUCCUGUACCCCAACCCUUUCCACCCAGGACCACUUCUGGGAGCCUGCCAGCCUGCCGACUCCAUCCACAGAUGUCCGGGGACAGCGUGUGAGAGCCACGCGGGGCCUCCUUGGGGCUGAUCCACAGAUGUGCCCCUUGCAAGGCCCCGUCUCACCCUCGGGGUGACCUGCUCCCCAGCUGCGGCCUUGUGGCUCAGCUGGAGCUGCCUGGGGCCUGUGACACCUCUUGCCCACAGGGAGAGGGGUGGGGGGAGCCUCAGGGCCCUGGCCCGAGACCCCUGCCCUGCGGGGCACCCCAGCCGGUGCCUGCCCUGCCCCGGGGGCCCGGAAGUCUCCGCACAGCCCCCGAGGGACUGGGCAGGGGCUGCCCUUCUUCGGCCUGUGGUCCUGCCACUGCUUUUCUGACCGGUUUGGCCUUGAGUAGUUAGCGAGCUUCUCCCCACCCCCCACCUUCCCUCUGCCCGCACUGGGCCCUGGCUGCCUGACAGGCUCUCGAUGCACUUUAUUUAAUUUGCAGUCUGUUUUCCAGGCAGCAGAGCUUCUACAGAAUCUGAGACACGGGCUGGAGAUGACUGUCACUUUCCCGUGUGUGAUUAACUGUACUGGUCAGCACCGGCUGCUCAGAGAAAUGGUCUCGUUCCUGGUGUUGUCAAAUCUUGUCACUCUAAGUUAAAAAAACAAACCCUCCCUGAGUUCAAUAAAGUAAAAGAAAACUGGA